GGACGGAGGCCGGAAGGGAACGGAGGCAGGAACGGAACGGAGGCGGAAAGGGAACGGACCGCUUUCGGAUUUCUGUCUGAAGAAAACCGGAAGUUGUCGAUAGCUUUCUUCUUAAAGCUCUCAGGAGUUUGUGAGGGUCGCUGAAGGAGCGAAGGAGGAACUGCACGAGGCCGACAGAGGUUCCCUAGCGAUGCUGUUGCCGAUGCACAGCCAGGGCCAGGACCGCUGUGUCCUCACCUGCACUGAGUGCAAGCAGCGGGUGGAGACAGGCUGGCACUGCCCCGGGUGCGAGGACUACGACCUUUGUAUCAACUGCUACAACACCAAGGGCCACACCCACGAGAUGGUGAAGGUGGGGCUGGGCCCGGAUGAAGAGGCCGAGGAGGGCGAUCAGGGCGGCAACCAGGGGGAGAUGCAGUUCAGGAGCAUCCGGGAGGCUCGGCGCCUGAGCAUCCUGCGCAGCAUCCAGACCCUGAGGCACGCCCGCCAUUGCGGCGACGCCAACUGCUCUCGGAACGACUGUCAGAAGCUGAAGCGUGUUGUGCUGCACACCACGCGCUGCCAGCGCAAGGCCAUUGGAGGCUGCCCAGUGUGCAAGCAGCUAAUCGCCCUUUGCUGCUACCAUGCCAAAGAAUGCCAAGAAAACCCAUGCCCCGUUCCCUUGUGCCUCAACAUCAAACAGAAGAUCCGCGAGCAGCAGCUCCGGCUCCGCCGAGAGCGGCUUCGGCUCCGCCAGCUGCGGAUUGGGAACCGCCUGCUGCAAGGGUAGCUCAUGCGCCAGCGGUCGCCACCAUGAACUCCUGUCACGUGCCUCAGCAGUCUGCCAUCCCCUCCUUGAGCACCACCCUGGACACCCCCACAGCAGCCCAACACACCCCAGACACCACAGCCUCCAACUCAGUCCCAGCCAUGGCCUGUAAGCAUGUCACUAGCCGGCUUCUUCAGCUCGGCCAGAACUUCGCCCCACCAGUGUCCACGGGGAAGCCCACUAACCUUCAGCUCCAGCCCAGCCUGCAGCCCAGCCUGCAGAACCUGAACGCCAUGCAAGCCAGCGGGCCCGACCUGCUGUCCCUCCGCAGCAGCAACAGUGGGAGGCCUGAACCCCCAGGGCCAGGCCUUGAACAUCAUGAACCCGGGGCGCAACCCCAGCGUGGCGAGAAUGAACCACAGCACAGAGAGAUGCCGCGGAGCAGCAGCAGCAGCAGCAGCAGCAGCAGCAGCAGGAAAGCAGCGCUGGCAUGGCCGCAGGCCUGGCAGGACAUGCCCAGUUCCAGCAGCCUCAGGGACAUGAUGCCACCCGCAGCCAUGCAGCAGCAGCAGAUUGGGUCCCAGGCCAGCCAAACCCUGUUAGGCAUAUUCUGUACCUUUUCCUUGCCCUCAGUUUCUCCCCUGCGCUCAGUACUUUCUGUUGUCCCCCCUUGAGGCUCCUGUCCUCUCUGCCGUUUUCCUGUUGUUCUUAUUUCAGGUGUCACAGGAGAGACAACUAAGCAGCUGAGAAAAGCAGCUCUAGACCCAGCUUUCUGCAACCACCUGCACCUCCAUCCGACCCACACAGAGACAUAAAUAUCCCGCCCUCCCUACUCUUGCUUGCUGAAAUGGAUAUGCUGGUGUGUAUUAAUAAUACCAUUUCUAGCCCUAACCGGCUUGGCUCAGUGGAUAGAGUGUCAGCCUGCACACCGAAGGGUCCCCGGUUCAAUUCUGGUCAGCAGCAUAUACCUUGGUUGCAGGCACAUCUCCAGUAGGAGGUUCAGGA